CAUACUAACCGUAUACAACUAUUGAUCUGAACAUCGUGAAGUACAAUAGGCCGUCAAGCAUCGAAUCGUCGCAGAUCUUCCGAACGCCAGGCAAGAAAUGCCGCUGUUAUACCCCAAGCUCAGGGUGACCCAGGUCUUUGGUGCCAACACCGAUGUCGGGAAGACGCUGCUUACCACCUCGCUACUCCGGUCGACAGCCAAGCUCUAUAAGAAGCAAGAUCAGGCUAGCGGGUCCGAGGGAAACAAGAAGGUCUGGUAUCUGAAACCCAUCAGUACCGGUCCGGAAGAGGAGAGCGAUGUCUCGUACGUGGAGAGGAACGCUACGGAUCAUCUGGAUAGGGUCCGGACAGCCAAUCUGUAUCAGUACCGAGAACCCGUUAGCCCACACCUGGCCAGACAAUUGGCACCCGACCUCGCCUACCCAAAGACCAACGAUCACCUCCUCACUAAGAUCCGUCAAUACGUCGAAUCCUGCAGCACGAACGGCUCCGGAUCCAUCUACCUCGAGACCGCCGGAGGUGUCCACUCUCCCUCCCUACACGCGCCUUUGACUCAGAUCGACUCUCUUCGUCCUCUUCGACUACCUACCCUGCUCGUCGCUUCCCCUCACCUAGGAGGAAUCAGCACGACCCUGUCCGCUUACGAGUCGCUCGUCGCGAGGGGUUAUACGAUCGAGGGCGUCUUGGGGCUCAAAGAUGAUUAUUAUAGGAAUCACGAGUUUUUGAAGGAUUAUUUCCUGGAACGCGGGAUCGACUUUUGGGGCUUUGAGAUGCCGCACAAGAAGGAGGGGUUGUCUAUGGAGGAGGACGUGAGGCUGUUGAAGCGGUGGUAUGACAAGAUCGAGGAUGGGUCGUUGGAAGAAAGGGGAGGAGAUUCUAUGGCCGAUGUGGUUAGGCGUUUGGAAGAACGGCAUGAAGCGAGGAUCACCGAGCUGGAGAGUAUGCCUGGACGGACUCAGAAGAGCAUCUGGUGGCCUUUCACCCAGCACGGCCUGGUGAACAAGGAAUCGGACGUCAUGGUCAUCGAUUCAGCUAAAGGCGACACGUUUGACGCGUACUACAAGCCGGGGGAAUUAUCGGCGAGCAGUACAACCCAGGAUGGAGAGGGUCAAAGCAUGUUGAAGCCUCUGUUCGAUGGCAGUGCGAGCUGGUUCACACAAGCGCACACUCACGCUCAUCCUCGUCUGACCAUGGCCGCUGCUGAAGCGGCAGGGAGGUAUGGACACGUCCUCUUCCCCUCUGGUACCCACGCGCCCGCCUUGGAGCUAGCAGAAAAGCUUCUCGAUACGGUAGGAAAGGGCUGGGCGGAGAGGGUCUUCUAUUCGGACAACGGCAGCACGGGGAUGGAAGUCGCCUUGAAAAUGGCGCUGAGGUCGAGUGGAAGGCGGUAUGGCUGGGAGGGUGUCGUUGGGGAGAACGUGGGAGUAAUCGGGCUGAAGGGCGGAUAUCAUGGUGAUACGAUUGGGUCGAUGGACGCUUCGGAUCAAGGGAUCUACAAUACCGCCGUUGACUGGUACAAAGGUCGUGGAUACUGGUUCUCCCCGCCAGAAGUCAAGAUCCAGCAAGGCAAAGUCGUCGUCAACUCUACCGGCAACAAACGCGAUUGGCCUGCUCAUCCUAUGAAGGACAGUUUCACGCCAACCGAAAAGGCUGCAACGGCGCCGCUCUGGUCGGUCGAAUUUGGCUCGUUACCGGAAGUUUACGAUGUCGAGUCUCGUCUGGCUUCGCCUCUUGCGGAGUAUUACCGGUCGCACAUCAGAUCGACGUUGGAAAGGAUUAUGAAGCAGGUUGACCCUACCACAGGAGAGAGAAGACGUCUGGGCGCUCUAGUGCUCGAGCCCAUGUGUCUAGGAGCAGGCGGUAUGGUUUUCGUCGAUCCGCUCUUCCAGCGAUGUCUCAUGGAUGUCGUUCGAGCGAGCGAGGAUCUGUUCAUUGAGGGCUCCGUGAAGGGUGACGUAGAUGGAUCCGACUGGAAAGGUCUGCCUGUCAUCUUCGAUGAGGUUUUCUCUGGUCUACGUCGGCUGUCCUACCUGUCAGCCUCGGAAGUUUUGGGUGCCUCGCCAGAUAUCGCAGUCUACGCCAAGAUCUUGUCAGGAGGUCUUCUGCCGCUCUCCACCACACUGGCGUCGGGUUCCAUAUUCAAGGCUUUCCUACAUCCGACGAAAAAGGUCGAAGCUCUUCUUCACGGGCACAGCUAUACCGCAAACCCCAUCGCUUGCAACGUUUCUUUGACUGCUCUCAAGAUGGUCGAGGAACAGCAAGUGGCUUCCGAGAAAGGCGAGGGUGCCUGGAAAGAGGCCAAGGCGUCUUGGCUGAGCGAGUCGAGCAAGCUCAACGAGAUGUGGAGUUUCUGGGACAAGGACUUUAUCGACCGAGUCAGCAAGUCUGAUCGGGUUCAGGGUGUGAUGACGAUGGGAACGGUCGUUGCUAUCGAAUUGAAAGAAGAGGCGCAGGACGGAUUUGGCGGCUACGCAUCAUCGCUCGCCCUGGACUUCCUCACCUCGCUGCGCCAGGGUUCGCCGAUCUCGGGAUCAUCAGAAGAAUCAUCAACUUUCGCACCGUUCCAUAUGCAUUCGCGUCCACUCGGCAAUGUCGUCUAUGUGAUGACCAGCCUAUGGACAGACAGACAGGUCGUCAAGGGGAUCGAGGAGGCCAUCGAAGCCAAGCUC